CUCGCCACGCCGCGCUUUGCGCCGGCGAUACGCUUUGCCUUCGCCCCCACCCGCCGCCACUUGCAUUCCCUCCACCUCCACCUGUACGUCCGGGUGCCCGGGUGCUGGUGCUCGAGAGCACUGUUGCUUGCAAUUUGCCAACGCUGAGCCGCCUGCAAAUGGUGCCGCCACCUGAAGUGGUCGACGAUGUUGGGCACACUGUCACAACUGCUUCGCGAGUCGCGACACCGAGCACGCCUUAGAGCAUUCUGGCAUCGCACUGUGGCUCCGACCGUGGUGACAGCGCGGUUGCCGGGAAGUUCGUGCAGCGUUGCGAGCCCACACAAGGGUCGUCGUGGCAGUGUUCGGGUUGACGGGCAAACCAAGAAAGGCACGCAGACAACCUGUUCGACGAAAGGCUUGAGCGGCGAGACGUUUUCAUGAUUUGCUUCAAUUCUUUUUCUUCACUUCCAAUGAAUUUUCCUUUGACAAAAUACUCCUGUAAAUGUUUUCAGUCAGUUUAUUGAAAUUUCUGGUUUUAAAGAAAAAGCUUGUUGUCUUUUCGAAGCGUCGGCGUUGAAAUUCUCACCAUCGUCCCCAUUAACCGCUCCCUCCGCUCUGGCAUAUGAACAGCAACCGCCCCACCGACGUGACGACGGACGCCAUGGACGCGCAGAGGGACAUCAAGCCCUUCUUGUCGCCGAUCACCGCCACCCCUAUCCAGCGGGGCCUCUACGGGCCCAGCACCUUUCAGGCGGCGGAGUGGCAAUUGGAGCGCGGCGGCGCUCGAGUGUUAACCGGGGUGCAACCGCAAACUCUGGCGGAAGCGGCGUGCGCCCUCAACCGGCCAGCUUCGGAGCUGUCGGGUGGCAUCGGCGAUCGGACCAGCUGCGCCGACGAGGCAUUCGAGGGCACCUCGGUUCGUCGUCCUUGCCCUGCACCACGGUUCAGCAGGAAGUUCUGGAGCGCCGGCGAUUACGAUGCGGGGGCCGGGAGCUCUGCGCCACAGCCGACUGUGCAGAAUCGCAUGUGUGUUCACCCUGAAUUUCUCCACUCCAACGCGACUUCGCAUAAAUGGCCAUUUGGAGCCGUGGCAGAGUUGUUGGACAACGCGGUAGAUGAGAUUGAAACUGGUGGUGCUACAAAAAUAUUGGUGGACAAAGUCAUCAACAACCGCAACGGAUCACCAGCUUUGCUAGUUCAAGAUGAUGGUGGAGGCAUGAAUCCUGAUUCCUUGAGGCGUUGCAUGAGCUUUGGAUUUUCAGAGAAACAAUCAGGAUCUUCGAUUGGACAAUAUGGAAAUGGAUUUAAGACUAGCACAAUGCGGCUCGGGGCAGAUGUUAUUGUUUUCACCCGUUGCACAAAGAGUGGUGGGCCUACUCAAUCAAUUGGUCUCCUCUCUUACACUUUCUUGGUGGAAACUGGCCAGACAGAUGUUGUAGUUCCUGUGGUGGAUUACAAAUGCAAUCUAUUAAGAGGACAAACUACACGAUUGGAGCGACAUGGUUCAGAGCACUUUUCCUCAAAUUUGUCAGUGUUGUUGAAAUGGUCCCCUUUUGCAACAGAAGAAGAGUUAUUGCAGAAUUUCAGCAACAUUGGCCCACAUGGCACCAAGAUUAUAGUGUUCAAUUUGUGGUCCAAUGAUGACGGUAACUUGGAGCUUGACUUUGACACAAAUCCAGAGGAUAUUAUGAUUAGUGGUGCACCAAAACCAGAAGAGAUUAGUAACGCUGUGAAAAGGACUAAUGAGAAUCAUUUGGCUAAUCGACUGCGCUAUUCUCUUAGGGUCUACACUUCUGUCUUGUAUCUGCAGCUACCAGAUUACUUCAGGAUUAUACUUCGAGGGCAAGAAGUUAAGCGUCAUAGCAUUGCUGCUGACAUUAUAUAUCCUGAAUGCAUCAGUUAUAAACCUCAAAUUUGCGGAAGACAAGAGGCUGAGGUUAUUACGACCAUUGGAUUCUUAAAUGGCACUCCAACAAUUAGCGUGCAUGGAUUUAAUAUCUAUCAUAGGAAUCGCCUUAUUUUGCCGUUUCAUCGAGCUCUGAGUUCCGCAAGCAGUAAAGGUAGAGGCGUUGUUGGAGUACUUGAGGUAGACUUCAUCAAGCCGACUCACGACAAACAGGACUUUGAGAAGUCACAGCUGUUUCAGAGGCUGGUGAACCGCUUGAGAGACAUGACUACCGAGUACUGGGAUAUUUAUUGUCACAAGAUUGGAUAUGCGAAAACGCCACGCAUGCGUGCGGCUCCCAUUCCCCCUCGUCCUCCAGCAAUGCUGCCAAUAGAGAAUGGUGCUGCUGGACCAUCAGAGUGGAGUGCACCUGCACCUGCAGUUUCAGUGCCACCCUCGAGACCCCAGGGCACCUGCGUGAAUGCAGUUCCAAUUGCUUUUGCACACCCUAGUUUUGGCUCAGCACCUGCCGGAACAGCGGGUGUUGCACCAAGAGGACCUACUGGUUACUCCCCGUCAGACUCACAGACCAUGCAAGUCAACCAGAGGACCUCAUCUUCCUUGGCUCCUGGCACUGAUUUGGUAGGAAAAAGAAAACGGGGGAAUGACGAUGCUGCUCUGACGGUUUCGUCUAAAAAGCAGGCCACGGAUGAUUUGGUCGGCAGCAGCUCCGCUGGUGAUCAGGUAUGCCAGUAUAUGGGAGAUCGAGAGCUGAGGGAGUUUUCCUUCUUGAAGAUGGAGAAUCGGAUGCUCCGUGAAGAGUGCUCACAAUUUGAGAUGCAAGAGAAGGAGCUACUGCUGAAGGAACAGAAUCUGCAGAUCCAGAUUGAGCAGGCGAAGGAGCAGUACAAGAGGCUGCUGGAUGAGUACAACGUCUCGGUGGCAGAGGCUCCGGCACCGACACGAAUCAAACGAUAGGCGUCCUCGUUUUCUGAAGUCACCCCGACCCCGCCGCGCGAUUUGGUCGUGCUCGAGCUCUCUUGGACAUGUGGACAUGGACAUAUUCAGCGUGCCAGAGAACCGAGCGCGCAAGCAAGCAGCCAAACACCGUGCUCGACGCGGGCGGUGCUUCUGGAGCGCGCACCCGUCAGGCCUGGUGUUUCUUCUCCGUGGUUGCAAUGCGUCGAGGAACUUCGAGUACUAAAAGAAACUGGUGGUCUUGUGCGUAGACGGUUGCUCGAUGAGAUUGAGAUGUGCUGAACUGCUGAUGCUUUAUUUGUGAAAUUCAGAAACUGGGAUGUAAAAUGGCAAAAAUUGACAGACUGCCACUUCCCUCCCAGAUUGGUUUGGUUGCUGUA